AUGCCUUCUGCUUAUAAGAGCAAGGGCAAAGGCCGCGAUGCGCGCCAGUCGCGUAGCCGCAACACCACUCCUUCCAGUGCUAGCGCUCCCACGAUUCCGGCGCUCCCCAUUCAAAGCUAUCUGGAAAAUGAUGUCACCAAGCUUAUUGACCUAGCCAAUGGCCAAUAUUCCGAUGUUUUGGACUUGGUGGCUGCGCAAAAUAUCCCAGAUUCGAAGACACUUGAGACAUUGGUGGAACACUUAAAGAGCCUCAGUGACAUGGCUGAUGCCCGAGCCGAAGUUUGCAAUGCCGGAAUGCGAGAGAUGUCUCAAAAGCGUAAAGAUGUGGUGGAAGAUCAGGAACUUGAACGCGAAGUCCGAGAUCGCUCAAAACUGAAGCGCGAAACCGAGGAAGAUGACGAUAUCCACAAGGGCGGGAAGCUGAAGAAGCGGAAAGAGCGUGCCAGUGCAAAAGAAGAGCGACCAUUGAAUCAUGGGGCCCAUGAACUCGCACGCCAGGAUGGAGCUGAGACUAAAGUUGAAGGAGCUGCGUCUCCAGCUUCUAAAAUUUCCAAGCAUGCGCCAUCAGAUGAGAGCUCUUCGCUUUCGCCUCCCUCGAUGAUGUCCCCCAACGGUGCGACCACUGCUGGCGACGGUCCUGCUGCUCCCGGCACACCUGGUUCCGAGACCAGCACCGAUUCCCACCAACCUGAACCCCAACCUGCUAUCCCUCAAAUCCAGGUCUUUGGUGAGAAUCCUCUGAAAUUCGACGAUCCGACCAUUUACAACAUUCGAGAUGUUCUCCCCGACAUGACCGACGAUGAGAAAAAAGAGAUUUACAGUGUUGCCGUGUUUCCCAAGACAGACCUUGCCCAUAUGGCAGCUGGUGUGGCCCCCGACAAAGACUUCAGCAAUGCCAAACCCUCCAACCAAGUCAGCGCCAAUACUUUCUUGACUUACAUUGAGCCAUACGUCCGGCCACUUACCGAGGAGGACAUUGCUUGGCUGAGAGAGAGGGGUGAUCGUGUUACUCCAUUCAUCAUGCCACGUCGUGGGAAGAAAAGCUACCGCCAGCUAUGGGCGGAAGAGGAUGGGGUAUCCUACGAUCAAAGCCAAGAUGACAAGGACCAACUACCAUUAAAUCAAGGCCGCGGUAGUAUCGAGCAGCUGACCGAAGAUAAAGCGGAAACCAAUGAAGUAUCAGUCGGCCCUCUCCUCAGUCGACUCGUCUCUCUCCUCCGCUACGAGCACCGCACAUUCCCCGAAGAUGACAACCCAACCACAAACGGCGACUCCUCCAGUGUUGGAGGCUUGGGUGGAGAUGCAAUGGAUAUUGAUCAACCAAACGGAGACACCAAAGAGAUUAAAAGCGAACACAAACCUCCGCUGCCUGCAGCCACCACAUUCCGUGACGCUGACCCGAACGACUUCAAGACUUCAGUUGCCAAGCUUGACCAUGCCCAACUCGAUGAACGCGCCAAAGCCGAGCUUCGAUACAUCGGCUUUCUCGGUGCGGACGAUAACCCAGACUACGACGCACACUACGAUGACGAGGUUGCCGAGCGCCUGCGCCUCCUGCAAAGCGAGCUCAAGAAACAAAUCGUCACCAACAAUGCGCGGAAAGCCCGUAUUUUGAAGAUCGCCCAGGAACACAUGGCUAUGCUCGAAUUCACCACCAUUCAAGACGAUCUCGACUCCCAAGUCCAGCAGGCCUAUCUCAAGCGCACCCGCACAAUGGGCAAGAGCAAGAAGGGCGCUCAAGCCAAACACCGACCCGGCGGUGCAGGCGGUGGCAGCCAUGUCGCUGGCUCUGCGGGAAUUUCUCGUCCUGCCGUUGGAGAUGCUGCCAAGAUUGUCAUGGACCGUCGUCGUCGCUGGAACGAGGCAUUCCUGCCAAUCUUCGAUGAUAUCAAGACAACUAUUCCUACCGAGGGAGAAUCAAUAUUUGAUCCUGCCGUUAUGGCCGAGUACGAGAAAGCCGAGCUUGAGAACUGGGAUGAGGAGUAA